GGUCAGAAACUCCCAGGAGAAGCUAGGCCUAAGGGAAGGAGGGCCUGCGGCAGGAUGAGCGGGCAGUGACUCUGGGGAGGCCGCCGGCGGCGGCGGCGGGUCCUUCGGGGGCCCGGUACCGCAGGCCCAUGGCGCCCAGCGGGCGUUCGACUUCCUCUAUGAUCCAUUGUAUGUGCUAUCGAGUGAGAGGGAUCAUGCACAAGCAACUAUCCAGGCGCACCUGACUCAUGAUGAAAUGAGGAAAAUGCCAGAGUUUAAAGCCAUGUUUAGUAACCUGAUUCACUAUCCACCAUACUCUGUGCAAUUAGAAGAAAAAUAUCCAGUUCCUCCAUUCAUUGAUCGAAGUUGGAGGGGAAGGGCACAGCGGCGCCUUGAGGCUCUUCAGAUGCUUGAUGUAUCUCAGCCCUCACUUCAGAUUCCUAGAAUGGAGUAUGAAGAUCCUGAAGUUAGUGGAAGGAAUCGCUGGAAGUAUUUUGAAAGGCCUUUCCUCCCAUUUCAUAAGCCAAUUCCACUGAACAUUGUUUAUGCUAUGUCAAAGCCAGAGCCAUAUCAAGCAGAACCCAGGGACAAACCUGCCUAUCUCAUUUCACGAACGGUGGGUACACAGACAGAUUACCGGGAUGGUGAAGCGCAGACAGAUCCCUACAGCCCUGCGUAUGUGGUGCCUUCAGGCUCAGUACCUGAGUUAUUGACCCUUGCCACGCUGACCUGGGGUCGGGGCCUUCCAGCAACGCAGGCCGAAGUGGAGGUGAUUGAACGCGCUCGAGAGAAACGUGCCUGGGAGGCAACCCUUCCACCGCUGAAUGAUGCAGCACACAUUGCAAAAAGGAGGCGUAUGAUGGAUGAAAUGGAGAGGAAAGAGUGGGCCUUCCGGGAAAUGGAAAUAGAAGAAUUGCAAGAAGUUAGGCUAGAACUUCUAAAGACUCUACUGAAGAAUCGGGAAGAGAACCACAGUGAGCUAAAUGUGAGUCGCUUAGAUACUCAGUGGUUUAAACUCAUGCGAGAAAAAGAAGAGAAAGUGAAAAGGAUUCAGCAUGAACAUAUAAAAGCAAUCAGAAGAAUAAUAGCAAAAGGAAAAAAUGUGGAAGGAAAAUUGGAGCGAAGAAAUGUCAUCAAGGACUACACAGAAUAUGAUUCACAGCCUUAUGCUCCUCUAUCAAGAAUUGGUUAUUUUCCAGACAAUCAUGCAGACCGUUACAUAGUGAAGAACCCAUUUCUUAACACCUAUGAAGGAUUAGUUGAACUGGAGGCAUCUUUUCCUGACUCUGUUACCCAGCCUCGAACUGAAGCUCCAAAACCCAAGAGCACCACCACUAAGGAUGGGUUUAUUAAAAGGUCUGCUAGAUUUGAUAUGGAACUGGCACAAGUUUACCAGAUUCUACAAGACAAGAAGAAUCAAAUCAAGGAGCCACCCAAGCCACUUCGUUUCCUUGAGAAAAUAUCCAAAUCCUUUGAUCGUCCUUCCACUCCAGUACUGGAAUUACCUUCACUGGUAGAUGAAGACAGAGAACUAGCUGUGAUUACACUACAGAGAUUAAUUCGAGGCAGAGCUAUCCAAAACAUGAUGUUUGAAGGGAAGGAGAAGCGACUGGAACUGAUCCGGGAGCUUCGCACAACUCAUGCACUCCAGGAGGAUGGGCAGCUGUUGAAGAAGGCUGAGAAGAAAGUGACUUUGGCACUGCAGCGGCAGCGGGAUUUACAUGAGCACAAGAUGUCUCUCAUGGAGAAGCAUCUGGCUCGAGUGGAGGGCAGAGCACUUGUGAACAUGUUUGAUUUCCUAUCCAAAGAGUUAAUUCGGCUACAGGAAGAGCGGAGGAUCCACGCUUUUGCUAUGUUAGCUGAAAGACAGCGCCGAAUAAGGGAAGCAGAAGAGAGUGGAAGGCGCCAGGUGGAGGAGAGGCGCAGGCGGGAAGAGGAUGAAAUCUUUAAACAGGUUGUGAAGGUACACCAGAGUACAGUUGACUCCUAUCUCGAAGAUGUCAUCUUAAACAGCAUGGAGACUACAGCUGAUGACCAAGCCAGAGAAGAGAUUCAGAGAGUGGCCUUGGAAAUUAACGAUAUUGCUUAUGAAAUGGAAUCACGUCGAACUCGCUUGCAGUCCGAAGAGAUUGUGGCUGAACUGGUUUAUAGUUUCCUGAUCCCAGAAGUACAGAGAAUGGCCAUUAAGGAGAAAGUGAAGCAGUCACAGAGAAAGCAUAUUCAUGCUGCACAUAAGAUCAUCCAUGAGAAUACAGAGGUGGCAGUAGGACAAUUCCUCGCCACAGAAUUCCCGCAGGAAACGAGUGGAGGGUUUUCUCAGACAGGAUUUCCAACUGGAUACUUGCGUGCAGCAAUGGCUGAACAACUAGGAACUCCUGGGUUACCUGAGAUAAGGCUUUCAGAUGCUGAAACGCAGCCUGAACAACAAGGAACUCCUGGGCUACCUGAGAUAAGGCUUUCAGAUGCUGAAACCCAGCCUGAACAACAAGGAACUCCUGGGAUACCUGUGAUAAAGCUUUCAGAUGCUGAAACCCAGCCUGAAGUGCCACUUGAAGGGAGUCAUGAAAGUGCCGAGCCUCCACAGAGUGAGAAGGGAGAAGAAAAGUAAGGUAAGAAUCUCUAAAACCCUGGAAUCCGAGAAGAGGAAUAGCCUGUGGUGCUGGUUCCUGAGUCGCUGCUGACACUGAGGAGGAAAUAAUGUCAGAGGAGAUCCUUGAGCCCAUGUUUGCUAGUAAGCCAGUGGCCUCAGCACGGCAUUUCUUCAGCUUUGUGUGGUGCACCUGCCACUAUUGCUAGGUGUCUCCUCCACUUCUGUCUGUCUAUGAAUGAAUGAAUGAGUGGAUAAAUAAAUUAUUCUUCUAAG